AAUCGUUUAAUUAUGACAGGAAGAUAUUGUCUUAAAAGUAAAGGGGAUUCUCAUUUGGGCUCGCUGCAAUUAUUGUUUUCCAAUAAUUUAAAUUAAAACAAUUGUAAAUAAUUAAAACGAUGGGUGAAGUUACUUUAGAUACCGUUGCAUAUGCUAAAAUAAUGCUGCAUGCAGCAAGUUAUCCGCAUUGUGCUGUUACCGGAGUGCUUUUAGCCGAUGGAAGUAAAAUCCGAGAUGGAGCAAAGUCUCAAGAUCUAGAUAUCGUGGAUGCUAUUCCCUUGUUUCAUCAUAGUCACUAUUUGUCUCCCAUGGCAGAAGUAGCUAUGACACAGGUAGACGCGUUGGCACAAGCCAAUAAUAGGGUAAUAGCUGGUUAUUACGCCGCAUGUGAGAACUUCAGGGAUAACACAGUAGAAAAAUGUCCAGGCCAGAAAAUUGCAGAGAAAAUAGUGGAAUUUUUCCCAUCGGCUGUAUUUGUUGUGGUUGAUAACAAAAAAUUCAAACACCAUUUGAGCAACCCAGCUAUAAAACUACACAACUACAGUGAAGGCAAGUGGAAGGUCAUGGAUGCCAAUAAAGUGCUUUUCCAAACACCAUACGUAUUGGAAACAGUGUCGUUGUUACUCCACAAGGGCGUCCAGAAAGAUUUAGUGGAUUUUGACAAUUACUUGGACGAUAUAUCUCAGGAUUGGACAAAUCUUGGCAUAGAAAAACUGAUUGCGAGUAUAAAUGCUUCAAAUUCUAUAGAUUUUAAGAAUGAAUAACAUUCAGUUAAUAUAUUUAUGAAAUAUUUUAUGUAAGUAAAUAAAUUUUUAGUUAAUUAA